UUCACUUUUCGAAUAAAAUUCUUACAUUGUUCACACAAAAUAAUAAUUUAGCCGCACAAAAAAGAAACGUUUGCACAGGCGAAUAGUCGAACAGAUUUGCAGAAGAUGAGGAUAUUUUAUAAGCAUAUUGAUUAAGAAAGGUUUGGAAGUCGCCAUAGCAAAGGAAGAAGCGCCACCUCCAGAUAAUAAUCUAACUGCAUCUAAAGUUCGCUUGCUUUAGUUCCCGGAAGCACACACUUGAAAAGGUCAACAUGGGGAGCAAAAUGGCAGCUGCCAGUAGGGUAGUACAGGCUGUGAAACCUCAUGCGCCUUUAAUAAAAUUCCCUGAUAGACUUGGCAGCCCGAGGCCUAAUGUUUUUGUUUCAGUGCAGGAAGCACUAAAAACAAUGAUAAUGACCUCCUCACCACAGUCCACCGGGACCCAGAUGGCACAGUCGGCAGUAGGGUCUGUAUCCAGACCACCAGGUCCUCCAAGCUCAGCGUCACUUUGUUGGUUACCAGGCCCCCCCGACACGGCAAGCUCAGUGAGAGCCCUUCCUCACAGAUACAGGAGGACGACGAUGACGGAAGAAGAAAUGGCUUAUAUUCAGCGCGGUGGACCAGAAUGAAACUGAUUUCAUCUACGUAUGGACGACACCUUUAUAGAAAUCUCUCAUUUUCCUGAGAUGCUAAGUGUUGGUUUUUUUUUGUUUUUGUUUGAGAUUGCUGAUUUUCAAUAGAUAAUCAGGUGUUUUGCCAACAUAUUGAAAUAAAGAAUGCUUUAUUCUUGGCAAACAAACUGUAAUGUUAUGCCUACAUAUUAUUUGUAGGUUGUCUUGCAUUAAUGUAAACUGUAAAGGAUUUAAGUACACACUUGUUCUGGAUUUACAAGUAAUUACAACACCGCAAUUGUAUAUGUUUAAUGGUUUUGAUUUUAUGCAUAUACUGUAAGUUUGUUUCAUUUUCCAACAACUUUAGACUAUUGGGGGAUUAGUUACAUACAGUACUUCCCAAACCAAAAUGCAUCCAUUACUGCAUAUUUUACUAAGCAUUGCAAUACCAGUAUUGAAUAAAUUGAAGGUUCAGAUUCACCUGUCAGGUCUCCUUCAUUUAACUUCAGACUACAGGGGUCACUGGCUGACCUUAGCCCUCCCCCCUGGGCAGUGCUCGGCCAAUUGUCCGCCGCCCCCUGGGAACUCCCGUCCAUGGUCGGCAGUGGAAUAGCCUGGGCUCGAACCGGUGACGUCCAGGCUAUAGUUCCACACGGAACGCCUUUACCACUCGGGAGCCCCCAUAAGUUCAUCUUUGACCAAAUCAUGCAGCAAGUGGAAAGUGUGAUAAAACAUGUAAUUACCAAGGUAUUAGUUAUCCUGCUAUUUCUCUAAUGGAAAUUAAGGUUAAAUAUACAAUGAUGUUGAUGGUGGCCUAAGCAUUUUCCCUGAUAUAUAAACCAAAUGUAGUAGUAGCUAAGUAAUGCAACAUGUCGUGUUUAUUUUGAAAUAUAAAAUCUAUCCAUAUUUUCAAUACACCAAUAUAAUCGUACUGGUCCACUGAAUUAAUAAACCAAUAUUCUACUCUU